CUGUCAGUAACACAUGUCAGGCUAGAGGGAGCCUAGACUUACAGAGAGGAGCAGACACCGCACCGGGCUUCCUGCAUUCACCGCUGGCUACAACCUGGCUACUAUUUCAGUUCCGCACUUCUUCCUAUAGCUCCGCGCGUCAUUCUUAUUGCUUCUGUUGUAAACAAGGAGCACAAAGCUGCUGAAGAUCCGACAGGGAAGCAAACUUGCAGCUGCUGCAGUUGGUCUGCGUGUAGCAGAGGAGAAGGGGAGGGUCUGGGCUUGUGGAAGUGGCUGAAUCUGGGAUCCUAAAGCUGCUCUGUCUGCAACAAGAACUCCUGCAAAAGGCAUCAGAUCUGGGAAUCCAACCUAAUAAUUCUCAUUUGUGCACAACGAAAAAGACCAUGGUGAAUCCAGGUAGCAACUCACAACCUCCCCCAGGGUGGAAGAGGUGUGCGGGAUGUGGUGGCAAAAUUGCAGAUCGUUUCUUGCUUUAUGCUAUGGAAAGCUACUGGCACAGUAGAUGUCUGAAGUGUUCCUGUUGCCAGGCUCAACUUGGGGAAAUUGGGACCUCCUGUUACACGAAAAGUGGGAUGAUCCUUUGCAGAAAUGACUACAUCAGGUUAUUUGGAAACAGUGGCGCUUGCAGUGCUUGUGGGCAGUCAAUUCCAGCCAGUGAACUGGUUAUGAGAGCACUAGGAAAUGUUUAUCAUCUUAAGUGUUUCACAUGCUCUACCUGUCGGAAAUCGUCUUGUCCCUGAGACCGUUUUCACUACAUCAAUGGCAGUUUAUUCUGUAACAUGAAUAGACCCUACAGCAAUCAUCAAGGUCAUUUGAAUUCACUUCAGAGCAAUCCACUCCUGCCAGACCAGAAGAACAACUCAACACUGGGAGCAUUGGGAUUUGUGAAAGCCAUGCAUCUGUCUCAGUGCACAAAAGUCUCUACUAAAGAAUAA